UCGCGAGGUCUGAUCAUUUCCUUCCUAAAUAGACCGCAUGUCUGCCUACAUGCAUCACAACAUUUACGUCUGUGAUCACUACCUACUAGGUAACUACAUCAUUCAAACGCUCUUGGGUUGUACUACUGUGGUCCCUGUUUGAUGUUUGUGGUGAUGUUACCGACUUUAUGUUACAACAUAUUCUCUCGUUUAGCUCAGCGUUUGUCGUCGAAUGAGUAGCAGACGGCCACUUACAUAUAGUGUACGGUACUCACACAUGUAGUGCUGCUACUAGUGCAUGCUCUUUAUACAUUUUGGUUUUGUGCGCUGCCGGGAUUGUGCUAGGAUACCGACAUAGUCUACGGCAAUCCGAUCCUCCCCCACCAUUACCUCUUGAUCACUCGUCAUUUAUCAUCCCGCCGACAGUCAAACGAUGAAUUGACUAGAUCACGCACACUGGGCUUCUGUUCAACUUUGAUCCUCGCACUCGUUGCCCACCAUGGCUUCGUCUGUUCAGAAGCCUCCUUUCUUAAACCCUGCCUUUGGCCCGGCCGGCGUACCUCCCGAGCUUCAAGAAGCAGACUACCUAAGCCAGGUUCUACAGCUCUCCUCCGAGGAAAUCGAAACCUACCUCAACGAGUUGCUCACCAAGGCAACGAGCUUGGGAAUUGCUGUCUCUCGGCCACCGAGUGCUGCCACGAUCGACAAACAUAAUCCAUAUGGUGCUGAAUCCAGUAUGACAAUAGACACAAACCAUGCCCACACCGAUUCUACAGGUUCGGAAGGCUCUGCCAGCACGAACCUAACAUCCCAUUCCUCUUCCAAUGAGCAGCACGAGAUCACGAGCCGAAUGACCACCAGGAAACGACUGAGAGCCCUCACCUUUGCUCAAUACGAGACUUAUCUGGCCCAGAUAGAUCCAACUCUGAACCAACCGAAAUUCUUAUCCGCAUCUUCAACGGAAACUGAACCCUCUCCAAGCGUACUCAGUAUCGGUACUACCAAAAGCUAUCUUAGUAUAAGAAAAGGAAUUUCCAAGUUAAGACACAGACGCAGGAAUCCCUCUUAUUCUAAGGGUACUUUCAUCUCUUGUAGCGCAUGCCGAGAUGAUAUCCAACCAGAUCAGACCCUUCAAAAGUUGCCAUGUGGGCAUAAUUAUUGUCCGAGGUGCUUGAAGAUAAUGAUUAACCAGGCAAUGACGGACGAAUCUAAAAUGCCACCGCGAUGUUGCACCCAGCCAAUACCCAGCACAAUCAUUAAGGCCAUACUAUCUCGUGAGGAGCAAACCAAGUUCCUCAAGGCGGUUGUACAAUUUAGCACGCCUUGGGAGUCGAGGGUAUUUUGCUCUAACCCGAACUGCGGAGAAUUUAUAUCACCCAUGUCCAAAUUCGACCCCAAAUACCCGUUCCAGGCCAUUUGUCGCAAAUGCAAGACACGGGUAUGCGUCAUGUGUAAGAGAGAUGCCCACCCUGCAGGUCAAGACUGUCCGGAUGAUUGGGAACUGGAUGCUGUCUUGAAGAUGGGCGAAAAGUCUGGCUGGAAGCGAUGUUACAAGUGCCGGAAUCUUGUUGAGCUUACCCAAGGGUGUACACACAUGACGUGCCGUUGCCGAGCACAGUUUUGUUACAUUUGUGGCGCAGUCUGGAAUCCACUGGUGGGUUGUCCGAACUUCUGUAAUGGCGACGCCGAGAUGGAGCGUCGACGGUUAGAGGAAGAGGCUCGGGUUGCAGCGCUCGAAGCUGAAGAGAAAGCAAAAGAGGAGGCUGCUGCAAAGGCGAUGGCCGAGAGACUGGAGGCAGAAUCGCGCACUCAGAACUGCGAAGAGUUUAAAGCCUUACGUGCAGAGCAAGUUAAGGAGCUAGAGCGAUUCCAAGCUUUCGAAAGGAAACAGAAAUGGCUCAUGUGGACAAGACAUGCACAAGAAAAACUCACUCUUGUAGAGAAGCAGUCGGCUGCGAUGGAUCGAAUGAAGGAACGACAUGUGAAAACAUCAGCCAAUUUGGAAGACCGCCAAGUUGCCGCAGAGAUGGAGUUACGUUCAUCUCUAGAACAAAGCGAAAGAAAUGUCCAGAUUCGACUGAAGCAUAUGGAGGCGUACUGCGAUGGCCUGGGGAAGCGCCCGGAUGCAGACAUGCCCUCUCGAGUUGUGACGGAACGAGACCUGCGGGAACUUGGGCAGCAGUACAACGUCAAGAAAAAUAUGAAACAACUACAUGCAGCCAAAAUUAAUGUGAUGAGGGACCGACAAGCAAAAUCCCUUGAAGAGCUGUUGGAAAGGCAAGAAUCGGAGAUGAACAAGCUGGUAGAGAAGAACAAGAAAGAGAUUGAAGCCCUCGAGUCAGCUUUUGGAGACGAAGAGGAUGCUCUGACAACGUCGUUCAUGCAACGCAAAUCGAAGCUUCAGAGAAGAUGGAAACUUGAGAUGGAAGUGAUGCGCCUAGAACUGGAGAAUGAACGAGGGUGCCAAUAUACCUCAAUGGCCCCUCUGGAGUGGCCUGAGAAGGAAUCGCUAGAAGACUGUCUUCCGGCCGUGGAUGAAUAACUGACCUCGAUCCCGAAAUACGACUAAAUGAUGAUGUAUAUCUAACAACCAACACCCUUCACACACCACAACCCUGCUGUGGAAUAUCCGAUCUCACCUCUACUAGCUUAUAGGGGACCUGGAGUGUUCAGAUACCCUGCCGACAGGAAGGAGUUCGCAAGCCUAUAAUCUGUCACGCCGUCAAUACGGGGUUGCAUCAAGUACCUAAUCAGCAUUGGAGCCAGCAUGGAUACUUUUACAUUUUUUUUUCCUGUCCCUUUCUACCUACAUAUGGAUACCCCCGGAUAAUGGUUAACAACACUGUACAUUUUGCCAAUAUUGACAUAUGGAUAUUGACUUAUGGGCACAUGGGAUGAGAUACUGACGAAUAAUUGAUGAGAUGGACGUGUCUCGGUAGCACAUUAGAAACUAGAGAUAGUGUCUGUGAGAUAAACAAACUCAAUACUACAAAUACCAAUGAAUAUUUUAUAUCAUUCUGCCACACUGCUUAGCUGAGAAAUUCUCUUACUUCCCCCCUUUAUCAAGUGUAUUGAUCGCGAUGAAUGUGAGUUCUAUCUAUCAGGGUUAUCUGUCGUGAG